CGGUGAAUAAAAAAGGCGGGGCGAGUUAGGCGCGCGAUGUCAGCAGUUUGAAAGAAAAAAUGGCGGAAGAAUCCUCGUCCGCUGAUCAACACUGUUGCGGGCCUGUCGCCGCUGCGGAAGGCACGAGCGAGGUCAAGCAGUCACCCAAGCGCUGUUCAUCCCCCGCUGCUCCAGAGGGCAUCCCUCCACAAAAAUCACCCCGCGUUGAAAUCCUGUUACCCGGCACACAGAAGCUCAAUGCUGGAGAAGAACAUCGGGACACAGACAUGCUGGGAAUAGCGUCAGGAAGCACAGAGGAACCUGAAUCCUGUCCGCCUGCAAGGUCCACUGCACGGAGGAAAUCAUGGAGAAGAGCCACCUUGACAAGGCGCUCCCUGUCCGCACUUCCCAAUCCGUAUCAAACUUUGUGCAAGCCCAUCAGCAUGUCCUUAUCACAACAAGAGAGGUUGAGUGUAUUGAUGAAGGCUGCAAUGGAGCUGGCCACAGAUAGACUUCACAAUUCGCUCCAGUCAGUGCCAAAUUCCUCCCCGGAGUCUUUUCAGAAACAAGUUGAGAAGUUGAAGAAAAAGUGCAAAUCCGUGGCCAAGAGCAUAAGCAGUGAACAACAGAAUCAAAGGAUUGGUGAGCAUGGAGCACGGACAGCUAUGGUGAUCGAAAAUACUAUUAACAGGAUUGAAGCUGAAAGUCAGUCAUGGGGAGAACUCGCACUCAAACACCAGAGUAAGGCAGAAGAAUUAGAAAGGAAACUGGCUCAGGGCCAAAAGGAACCCAUCGCUUUAGACCACGCGUGUGUGGCCCAGUCCUCACAGUACCAGUUAAUUCGGAGUAAACCUGACUACCGUGACCUCCUCUGUAGGCUACAGUCCACGCUGCGAACUACGGCAACUCUUGUGAUGGACGCCCAGUGUCAACUCGCACGAGAGCUUCAGUCCGUCAAGGAGUUGUCACAGUUGGUGGUGAAAGAGACCAGUGGCCGUUUAGCCGCUCAAGCAGGAUUUCAGGAUCUUUCUACCAAUGUCAUUCAGGACCUAAUCAGUGCUCCGUUUACAUCCUCAAGCACACAGUCACAUUAAAUAGACCAUGUAUGAAUUGUGUAUAAAGAAAAAAAAGCCUGUUUUUAAUUCGCGUGUUUUAUUUUGCGAAUAAUGGGGGCGGGGGGGGGGGGAUCCUACGCUUGAUCAUGUAAAUAGUCUGUGUUGAUAAUUGAUGUAAUUCAUGCAAGCGUCCAGCUGGUGGCAGUGGCUGUCCUGCAAACAUUUGUUUCAAGCAUGGGGCCUCUGUUCUCUCUUUACAAAAUGCCUUCUCACCUCUUAAAAAAAAAAAAAGAAAGAAAAAGAAGCCUCAAAGACAUGACUGUCAUGAAAGCACACACGCAUGUUGGUUCAAAGAAAAAAUACGUUUUUCGGGUUUUAUGAUCCGGAGUCCACAAAUAUUCAGGUAUUGUGUUAAGAAUACAGUAGUUACAUAUCCAGAGAUGUUCUUUUUUUGUUUAGUUUUUUCAUACUUGCACACAUAAGAGUCGACUCCGAGCAUACAGUCGAUGGUGUAAAUUUUAAAACGAAUAAAGCAUGUAUACUUAGAAGUACAGUACCAUGCUUCCUCAGCCUGUUUUAUAUUUCUAUUUCUUGCCCGGGCUCUUCCUCGGGCCCGUUCGACUCUCCCUUUAUCUUUUGGUGCUGCAUCUAUUUCACUUCAUCAGUGUCCCCUGACCAUUCAAGAGAAAGCCCCUCCCCCCACAGUGACUCACCCCCAUUCUCUUGCAUUUGGCUGGGUCGCUGAGGCAGAACGAAGCUUUUGACAUUGUACCAGUCAGUCAGAAGCUUUGUUUGCUAUCACUCCGAUCUCCUGGAACUAUUCACUAAUUAAUGUUCCUGAGUAAUUUGUAAUUUGUAGGGGUGCAGCACGAAGAAGAGGGAAUGUCUCUUUUCCUCCUCUGUCGUGUGCGUGCGCUGGUGGUUAUGAUCUUGACUAGAGCGGGGGUGACAUUUUCAGUGGGAUGGUGUUCAAGGGGGCUGACGGGAGAAGAGGGACAGGCGAGGAGGAAAAAAGACGAGCAGGGUUGUGACCGUGAGAGUUGUGAGCGAGGGAGGAUGGCGCACAGCAGGAGAGAUCGAUUCUUAUUUAGAUGAAAAUGAGGCUCGAUGCUCGUGGGGUGAGAGGAGGGCACCUUAAGCAUCCAAAUGAAUAGGAAGUUUCACAGAAAUGAUCCUUUAAAUGAAUCGACAACAAUUAAAAAAGAAAAAAAAAGUGCAAGGUCCACAAAGGCACUGUCAUCUCUUCACUUGCAAGGAAGCUUUUCUGUGGGCAGUCAAAUGCAAUUACUUUGGCAUUAGAUGGUAAUCCUUACGGCUUGUCACUCAAAAAGUGUGAGGGACAAAACACUCGAGCCAAACCUCAAUGGCCCGUUUAGGAGUUAAGUGUUUGCUUUUGAACUAUUUGAUAAAAGGUGAGACAUGGCUCACCUUCUUGUUUGUAGACUCACAAUGAAAGCAAGCAAGCUUUGUUAUGGAGUCGAGCGUUUAUUUUACAAGAUUG